GGGCGAGCCCCCUGCUCGGGUACGGCGUGCCCGGCCAGCCGCCGGGGCCCGGCGGGGCGCGGCCGGAGCCGCCUCCUUAGUGCGGGGCUCCGGGGACGGGCGGCCCGGUUCCGCCACAGCCCGGUGCUGCCCAGCCCGGUGCUACCGGAGCCCAAUUCCACCACAGCCCGGUGCUAUCGGAGCCCGGUUCCGCCGCAGCCCGGCGCUGUGGGAGCGCGGUUUCACCGCAGCCCGGUUCCGCCGCAGCCCGGCGCUGUGGGAGCGCAGGUGCCGGCCGGGAUGCGCUGAGGGCUCCGGGGCUGGCCUGAGGGAGGGAAGAGAGGGCGAGCCGCGGAGCAGGAUCCGAGCCGGGCCCGGGCAGGGGGGUGGCGCUGCUGGAAGCCCCUGGCUGGGUCGGUGCUCCCGGGAGGGCUCCGAGCCCGCUCCGCUGUGCGGGGGAUGCUCCGGGAGCUGCGGGAGUGGGAAUGCGGCUGGGAGGGCUCCGGCAGCGGGUGAGCAGAAACACAAAAUGCUGAGCUGUUUCAGCGUUUUCUGCUGUUGUAUCUGCAGUGUCUGUGGUGUUGGAUGCUCUCGUUAAUGAGCGGGGCUUGCUCAGGGUGCUGGGUUUUGUGCGUUUGCUGCGUUGGGAGCAAUGUUUGAGUGACCUUUUGCAUAACACACAGAGGGUCAUGGACACAGAGAUUUGGUUUGUCACUGUCACAUCAGCCUUAGCUUCCCCAGCCCUUGCAACAUAUUCGAGCUUUAGUUUCUGUUUGUGGAGAGCCGGCUUUCUAAAGUUCUCUGUGGGUAUUUUUUCCACCAUAAUUGUUACUAGGAGUGCAGUUAAGGGCUGGAGAAGAUACAAGGAGAGUGAGAGGCACUCACGCUGCCGCUUCUUUGUGAGUAAUCCAAGAGAAACAACUGCCAACCACUGCCACGUUUUCAUCUGUUGGUAAACAUCAGCUGCCGCUUGGCCUUGAGGGAGGAAGACUGAAUUAGUUCCAGAUGGAGAACUCUUUCAGCCCAUUUAGACUUUCCAGUUGAUUGGAGCCAGCAGGCAGAAAUCAUGGAGCAGCCCACAUGAAGAAUCCUGUGGAGUUUAUAUUCCUGCAAGAUGUCCUCAGAAGGACCAAGCCCAGUUUUCCAGGCCCCUGGGAGAUGAAACAUUGACCACAUGACAUUUUUCUUUCAACAAGUGCUUCGUCAGUGUUGCUUUGUGUGAAAGACAAAGAAUAUUUGGAAAUAUUUGGAAUAUAAAUCUUUCUUCACCUCACCAUGUCGGCCGUGUCGAGUGCCCUGACCCCCGAGGCCCCGAGCCCUCCCCAGCUGGAGGAGAAGCCAAAAGGAAAAUCCCUGUUCCAGCUGGGCUCCCUCUUUGCCAACAGGAGUGAGAAAUUUGUGAUUGCUCGCAGUGACAGUUUGCCAGAGGAGAAUGUCCUGAAAAUCACCAUCACCGAGACCACGGUCAUCGAGUCCGACCUGGGCAUCUGGAGCUCCCACGCCCUCAUCUACCUCACCUUGUGGUUUUUCUUCAGCUUUUGCACUCUCUUCCUUAACAAAUACAUCCUGUCCUUGCUGGAGGGGGAGCCCAGCAUGCUUGGUGCUGUUCAGAUGCUUUCCACCACCUUCAUUGGCUGCAUCAAGAUGUUUGUCCCUUGCUGCCUGUACCAGCACAAGACCAGGAUCUCCUACCCCCCCAACUUCAUCAUGAUCAUGCUCUUUGUUGGAUUAAUGAGAUUUGCAACAGUGGUCCUGGGGCUGGUGAGCCUGAAGAACGUGGCAGUUUCAUUUGCAGAAACUGUGAAAAGCUCUGCCCCAAUUUUCACUGUCAUCAUGUCCCGCAUGAUUCUGGGGGAGUACACUGGGCUGCUGGUGAACCUGUCCCUGGUGCCCGUGAUGGGGGGGCUGGCUCUGUGCACAGCCACGGAAAUCAGCUUCAACAUCCUGGGCUUCUCUGCUGCCCUGUCCACCAACAUCAUGGACUGUUUGCAAAACGUCUUUUCCAAAAAACUACUCAGUGGAGAUAAAUACAGAUUUUCAGCCCCAGAGCUUCAGUUCUACACAAGUGCUGCUGCUGUGGUUAUGCUCAUUCCAGCCUGGAUAUUUUUCAUGGAUGUUCCUGUGAUUGGGAAGAGUGGGAGGAGCUUCAGCUACAACCAGGACAUUGUGAUUCUCCUCCUGAUUGAUGGAGUCCUGUUCCACCUGCAGAGUGUCACUGCCUAUGCCCUGAUGGGCAAGAUUUCCCCUGUCACCUUCAGCGUUGCCAGCACUGUCAAGCACGCCCUGUCCAUCUGGCUCAGCAUCAUUGUCUUUGGGAACAAGAUCACCAGCCUGUCAGCCGUGGGCACUGUGCUGGUCACCGUGGGGGUCCUGCUCUACAACAAGGCCAAGCAGCACCAGCAGGAGACCCUGCACAGCCUGGCCACGGCCCCAGCACAGCCCCCGGGGCCCACCGAGGACACGGAGCCCCUGAUCCCCAAGGAUCUGCAACCCUAUGACUGACUCAUGGGGCUCUGCAGCCUGCCAGCGGCUCCAAGGGGCUCCCCCUGGAUGGGGCUGUCCUUCAAAUCCUCCUGGAUGGGGCUGUUCCUCUGGGUCCUCUGACUUCCUCAAAUCAGUCUGGAUGGGGUUGUUCCUCAGGUUCCUCUGAGUUCCUGAAAUCCUCCUGGAUGUGGCUUUUCCUCAAAUCCUCCUGGAUGGGGUUGUUCCUUUGAAUUCCUCAAAUCCUCCUGGAUGGGACUGUUCCUCAGAUCCUCCUGGAUGGGUCUGUUCCUCAAAUCCUCCUGGAUGUGGCUGUUCCUCUGAGUUCCUCACAUCCUCCUGGAUGGGUCUGUUCCUCAAAUCCUCCUGGAUGUGGCUGUUUCUCUGAGUUCCUCAAAUCCUCCUGGCUGUGGUUGUUCCUGUGAGUUCCUCACAUCCUCCUGGAUGUGGCUGUUCCUUUGAGUUCCUCACAUCCUCCUGGCUGUGGCAGGUCCUCACAUCCUCCUGGCUGUGGCAGUUCCUCCCAUCCUCCUGGCUGUGGCAGUUCCUCACAUCCUCCUGGCUGUGGCAGUUCCUCAAAUCCUCCUGGCUGUGGUUGUUCCUGUGAGUUCCUCACAUCCUCCUGGAUGUGGCUGUUCCUUUGAGUUCCUCACAUCCUCCUGGCUGUGGCAGUUCCUCACAUCCUCCUGGCUGUGGCAGUUCCUCACAUCCUCCUGGCUGUGGCAGUUCCUCAAAUCCUCCUGGCUGUGGUUGUUCCUCAAAUCCUCCUGGCUGUGGUUGUUCCUAAGGUUCCUUUUGAGUUCCUGGCAGGUCUCACCCAGGAUUUGAAGCAGGGAGGAGCUGGGAAGGAUCCAGGAAAACCUUGGGAAGCUGAUGCCCCAAAGAGAGGACCUGGAACGUGGCAAACGUGGGCUCUGUUGUGUUUCCUUGACUCCAAAUCACAUCCAGGCCUGUGCUGGAUGAACUUUGGUGGAAGAACUUUGGUGUCCUGUGGGAAAACAAUUCCUGUCUCCGUCCCCAUCCAAACAAUGUGAAAAUGGGGCCCCACCACUGAAUUCUGCUGGCAGAGGGAUGGAGUUGCUGCCUCCUGGAGGUUUCUGGUUGUUGCUCUGCAUUUCCUGCACCCUCCAUCAUUCCCGUGUGCUGCAGAGAUGGAAAAGUCCCAGGAGGGGAUUGUCCUUCUACUCCUCAAGCCCCCAAGAGCUCCAGGAGCAUUUGGACAGCACAAGAAGGGGUUUUGGGGUGGAUUUUGAUUUCUGUGCAGGGCAGGAGUUGGACUGGAUGGUCCUUGUGGAUCCCCUCCCGCUCAGGAGAUUCCAUCAUUCUAAGAAGGGUUGGAAUUCCCGCCCUUCCAUCCAAAAAAACCCAAAUUUCAAGGGUUUGCUUGAAGCAAACUGUGGGGAAUGAGCUGUGGUGAGCACCUGCUGCUGGCUACAAAUCCAGGAUUUGUAGUGGUUCAAAAUGUACAAAUUUAAGCUGGGAAUAUUGCAUUCUGAUCAUUUCUGGACAGAACUGAAAUGCAAAUAUUCACCCACGUGAAUUACCCUGUGUAAAUGGAGUGUUGAAUUCAAUACUUGUGGUUGUUUAGAGGAAAAAAAAACCACUGAAAAUUGUGGUGACAAAGGAAGCAGGAUCUCUGUAUUUCUGUAAAAAAAACCGAUUUUGUUGUUUUAAUUUCAUUUUAUUAUGCAUGAGGAAAGAAAUUGAUGGUUUGGUUUUUUUUUAUAUUAUUUCUAAGAGUGCAACAAAAGGCUGCCUUUUAGAAACUCAGGGUUAUGAGUCUGACCUGUGUGUAAAAUAUCUAAUUUCUGAUUAUAUAAAGAAAUCUCAGAGGCAUCUGUGACAGAUGGGAGGAAUAUUAACCAUAAACUGAAGCAAAUCUUUAUUUCUGCUGCUUUUAAGUUUCCUUUUUUUUAAAGGAAAUGUGUUUUUUGUGGUAGAUCAAAGAUUAAAAGUUAACUUUCCUUUUCAAAAUUCUGAAAAACAGUCAGUUUUGACAAAAAUAAAGCACACAUGUAGCUACAAAAACAUUCACAUGGACUUUUUGGGAACAAAAUUUAAAUGAAAAUGAGUGGAUUUUAAUAAUUGCCACUCUUCUGGAAGGUUGGAGCAUGGAUAUGUAGUGGUCUUUAUGGUAAAAAUAACAGUUAACAGGAAAUUACAAUUGGAAUUCCUGUAAAAUUACAUUUCCACACCUCAGUGGCUGCCUGGGGCAGAUUCCCCAAAGAUCUGAGGGAGAAAAAUGCCAAUUUUUUCAUCCUUGUGUAUGUGAGAAGUCUGUGGUAUUUUGUUUUCUUUUGUACUCCUGUCACUUUUAUAAAAGCUGUGGACUGUGGAGCUCUGUGUUUGGUUUUGUUUUGUUUUUUUUUAAUUUGUUUUCUGCCAAAUACACUGAGACUUUUGAAAGUAUAACUA